CGGACCCUCGAGGCGCUCCGGCCGCUCGCGCACCUGGCAAUGGCUCGGAGGCAGGACGAGCAGAGAGGGGGCGCGCCCUCGAUGGCGGAGGGCAGGUCGGACGCGGAGGUUAGGCUCAUCCUGUACCACUGGACGCAUUCCUUCAGCUCUCAGAAGGUGCGCCUGGUAAUUGCUGAAAAGGCAUUGAAGUGCGAGGAACAUGAUGUAAGUCUGCCCCUGAGUGAGCACAAUGAGCCUUGGUUUAUGCGUUUGAACUCAACCGGAGAAGUGCCCGUCCUUAUCCACGGGGAAAACAUUAUUUGUGAGGCCACUCAGAUCAUUGAUUAUCUUGAACAGACUUUCCUGGAUGAAAAAACACCCAGGUUGAUGCCUGAUAAAGGAAGCAUGUAUUACCCGCGGGUACAACAUUAUCGAGAACUGCUUGACUCUUUGCCCAUGGAUGCCUAUACACAUGGCUGCAUUCUACAUCCUGAACUGACUGUGGACUCCAUGAUCCCAGCUUAUGCAACAACAAGGAUUCGCAGCCAAAUUGGUAACACAGAGUCUGAACUGAAGAAACUUGCUGAAGAAAACCCAGAUCUACAAGAGGCGUACAUCGCAAAACAGAAGCGACUUAAAUCAAAGCUGCUUGACCAUGAUAAUGUCAAAUAUUUGAAGAAAAUUCUUGAUGAACUGGAGAAAGUCUUGGAUCAGGUUGAAACUGAGUUGCAAAGAAGAAAUGAAGAAACCCCAGAAGAGGGCCGCCAGCCUUGGCUCUGCGGAGAGUCCUUCACCCUGGCCGACGUCUCGCUUGCUGUCACUUUGCAUCGACUGAAGUUCCUGGGGUUUGCGAGGAGAAACUGGGGAAACGGAAAGCGACCGAACUUGGAAACUUACUACGAGCGUGUCUUGAAGAGAAAAACAUUUAACAAGGUUUUAGGACAUGUCAACAAUAUAUUAAUCUCUGCUGUGCUGCCAACAGCGUUCCGGGUGGCCAAGAAAAGGGCCCCAAAAGUUCUUGGCACCACCCUUGUGGUUGGUUUGCUUGCAGGAAUGGGAUAUUUUGCUUUUAUGCUUUUCAGAAAGAGACUUGGCAGCAUGAUGUUAGCGCUUAGACCCAGACCCAAUUAUUUCUAGGCUUGUUGGGAUCUAGUGGUGCUAACUCAUCCAACCAUUCCACUAGAACCCUGUCUACUCCUCCAGGCCCAGGGAAGAAUGACCCUGGGCAACUAGUCAAAAGCAUAAUUUACUUUACUCUUUGGGUAGUUUAUGUGGGGAGAGGAGGUGAUGAAAAUGCUUUUGUGGGCUGGUAACUUUGAGAUUCCUUAUUUGCAAACCUGAGCUAAUCUAUCCUUAAACCACGUGCAAGGUCAAGAUAUGUAAAUACUGACAGGUAGAGAAUAGACCUUUACCUCAAAAUGCCAGGUCAGGUUCUGGCAUUUUUUAGGACAAGGUUAUGAUGAGGGACAGACAGUAAUAAUAACCUGUGAUGGCCCACAGCGCUUCAUCUGGGAUCGUCUGGGUGUGCUGAGGGUUGAGUAAUUCGCAGUUUCCCGUGGAAUUCAGAAGUCAUCCUUGUUACACAACACGAGUUCAGACUGCAGCAGGGCACAGCAGUGCUUCAUACUACCACUGCCAGCUUCAGGCAGAAAUAAGGGAGAAAGAGAAAAGGGAGAGAGGGAAAAGGGAGAAUGAAGUCUAUACAGUAAAGAGCUGUAGAACACAGUCUCCAGGUGCCUCCAACGCCACUCAUGGCUGCCUGUCCCCUCAGUGAACAUGACAUGUGACUAAUUGUAGCCAUUGUCUGCACAUCCUCCUGUAGCUGACAACCCUUGGGAAAAGAUGACUAGGGAGUUACAGGAGGGAGUGGGCUGGAAAGAACUCUCGGCUUCACAUUUACACUCCUUAUCUGCCCUUAGUGUUAAUUAUAAGUGCGUGUGAAUCACACUCCUUGAUUUAAUGAGAUUAACUGCUUAUAUACUUGGCUAUGAGGUGCCCACUGGAACAUGUCUGCCUGGCAUUUACAUGCAAAUCUGAAGUGGUAUCAAAAUGGUUCCUUUCUUUUCCUCAUGGUUCCCCAAUUCUUUGGUGCCUGUGAAAUAUCACUCCUACGGACCAGCGUGUCCAGUUACUCGGGGCAUGACCUCUACAGCCCCCUGUAUGCACACAGGUGGCAUUAGGUGAAUGUCCCAGCUAGUCACUAGCAUGCCAUAUGGCUGGGUAGUGGGUAAUUUGAUGACCUGGGAAUACUAAGUAUGCUCAUUCUGCAUUUGGGGAGGCUGGUGUGUUAGGAAAACCUAUUGUCCAGGCCUUGCAUCUGUUUAUGCUCAUCAAUGAAGCCUUCAAAGGUUACAGAGAAAGAGAAAGGUCUAGUCUUAAGCCAUGCAGUUAAUUUAGGGUAGAUGAAAUAAAAGGCUAGAUAUGAUGUCCACCAAUAUUCAUUCGUGUUGGUCUAGGUUUUUGGGGGGUACCUCAGUCUCUCUGGAAGGGACAACCCCAGUGUGUCCCAUGAGCAAGCACGGAACUGCACCGUACAGUUUCGGCUCAGGAAGCAUCUUCCGUGGUGACAGGAAGACAGAGUUUCUCUGGAGCUGGCCAGAAAGGCCUUGGGAGCAGAUUCAGGCGUCUGGCAGGAAGUGUGUGUAGAGAACCACGAGUUAAGAUUCCAGCGAACAACAGAAGCUUGUCUGGACUGCCUCAGGUUGGCUGUGCAGAACAGCCAAGGAAGGGACUGACUUUUUCAUUCAAAAGAAACUGUCGUACUUAGGAAACAAUGACUUUUUGAUGGUAAAAUGAUUCCAUAAUUCCAUUUCAUGGUCUAGUUGUUUAAGAAAAUCUUAAUGAACUGGAUGUUCCCUGUUUACAAAAAGUUAAGAACAUCUCCAGUGUAAACUGAAUCCAGUAACAACAGACCGGCAGCUUUUAUAAUGUCUUAAUUUUGUGCUGCAGUGCGUUGUUGUGGAGAGUAUCUGAACUUGUUUGUUGCUGGCACGUUCCAAUCCAUGUCUUCAUAAAACAGCCAUAAAACUGAUUAUUCGGUAGUUAAUAGUGUUUCAGGGUACUUUAUGUCACCCUGUUAGAAGCAAGAACUCAGACAGGAAGAAAUCAAAAUUGGAUUUUUAUGAAAAUCUACAAAGGAUAUUUACCUAUGUAAGGGUUGUUGAUUUAAGAAUAAAGGUUAGAAGCCCAGUGCUGGCUUUUCCUUAAAUUUAUAUUGUUAUUGAAUCAGAGAAAAUCUACUAGGAAGUGUUUAUAAUUUUCUGAUACAGUUUCACUGGAAGUAUGCUUGUGUCAAUAUUAAGGAUGACGUAUGGUGGCGAUUUCUUGUUUCAUGGAUACCUUUGAGUUUAUACUUAAAAUGUUUGUUCAGAAAUGUAAUGACCACUAGAUGUCGGUGUUCAUCCAGUAGUCUGAGAUGGGGCGUUCUUGAGGUUCAGCAAGCCUUCUGUACUGUUUCAAGAGAAGAUAAACGUUGAUGACCUUAGUUUCUGAAGUGAGGGCAUCUUCAUCAGAUCAUUCAUCUGUAAAAAACUGGAGGCACAUGUAGUAUUGAUUUCUAACGCUUACGAGGGAUAACAGUACCACACAACGUCAAGCUAAAGAGCUGAACAGAUGCUAUUAGUAAAGUAGGUACUUUGCUGUAUUUUCUUUUUCACAAUCAUUGGUGACUGGCCAGUGUGCGCCUCAAUUUCCAGAAUGUGUAUAAAUACCACUGUUAGAAAAACGCCUGAGGUACUAAAUUUAUGUUGACUAUUUAUGUCUUAACACAUAAAUACUAUCUUACUGUUAUUGCAAUUAUAUGCCUUUUGAAUCCGUUUUCCUUAAUCGCAGAUAGUUGUAAAUUGCUUGCUCGAUUUUCAGUAAUUACUGAUAUUGACACCAGAGUUGUAGAUUUUUUGGUGUUGUUGAAUGUAAUAGAGAGAUCAAGAUACUAUUCUGCCUGUAAGAUCAAUAAAAGUAACUGGAAAAUAAAU